CAAAGCCACAGAUAUUUGAAUGGUUUGAACGUUUGUUUGCAUGUCUGGCUUGUUGACGCAGGAACAAUACAGGAACUCUCACUGAUGGGAUUUAUUGGACUGACACAGAAACACUUUGCUUUUCAUAUAAUAAUGCAGAAAAUUAAAAGGGGGUUGAAAUAAACAGUGUAAGAUAUUCACAGGCUUUGUCAGGUUUGCUUUCGAGAAAAUAUAUUUUCUCAAAUCACUGUAACGCAGUGAAGGGAGGGGCUUGAUGACAGGAGCUUAGCUCGGCUUUGAGUAUCACCAGAGAAUCACUUCUCAGUCAGCCAGGUGCAUAUGUAUGCUGCGUAUGAACGGAGCUGCAAGACACUCACUAUGGACGUUAUGGUUAUAUGACAAGUUUAUCCUUCCAGCUGUUUAUCCAAGUAUAAAUAACAAGCCUUUUUCCAGGAAUUUCACUGCCUGUAAGCCGAAGCGUCCACCACAUCUCACACGAUGGAUAAGUUUCGUAUGAUGUUCCAGUUCCUCCAGUCCAACCAGGAGUCUUUCAUGAACGGGAUUUGUGGCAUCAUGGCAUUGGCAAGUGCCCAGAUGUACUCCGCCUUUGAGUUCAGCUGCCCCUGCAUGCCAGAAUACAACUACACCUACGGCAUCGGGCUUCUUGUCAUCCCUCCCAUAUGGUUCUUUUUGCUGGGCUUUGUUUUGAACAAUAAUGUGUCGGUGCUCGCCGAGGAGUGGAAAAGACCCACGGGGAGCCGGACGAAGGAUCCGACAAUCCUGCGCUACAUGUUUUGUUCAAUCACCCAGAGAUCAUUGAUCGCCCCUGCGUUGUGGGUGUCGGUCACCCUCAUGGACGGGAAGAGCUUCCUCUGCGCCUUCAGCAUCAACUUGGAUAUCGAAAAGUUUGGAAAUUCCAGCUUUGUCAAAGGGAUGUCGGAGACGGAGAAGAUUCGACUGCUGGCCAGAAUCCCCUGCAAAGACCUGUUUGAGCAUCAGGAAAUAAGAGUGGCAGCGACACGGUACAUCAAGUGUAUAUCACAGGCGUGUGGGUGGAUUUUUCUCCUCAUGAUGACCUUCACCGCCUUCCUCAUCCGGGCCAUCAGACCAUGCUUCACCCAAGCCGCUUUCCUCAAAACCAAAUACUGGUCCCAUUACAUCGACAUCGAGCGCAAGAUGUUCGACGAGACCUGCAAGGAGCAUGCGAAGAGCUUCGCCAAAGUCUGCAUCCACCAGUACUUUGAGAACAUCAGCGGCGAGAUGCAGAGCCUCCACUGCCAUCGCUCCGGCCAGGACGACAGCGGCGACGAAGGCGAGGACAAGAGAAGCGACGAAGACAAGCUGCUGGGCAUCAGGGCCCAGGACGACAUGAACAAGGUCCUGUGGAACUGGCACACGAGUAAGCCGGCGCUGGCUCUGAGGAAGGACCAGAUGGACGGCGAAAACAGCAGCAAGCUGAACGGGAAGAUAAACGAGGGAUUUAAUGGGUUCGCAAACGGACACGCCCACGAGACCAAAAAAAGGGAAUGGGCCGUGUAUUACAGUAAGGUUUGAAGAAAACUGAGAUAAAACGCUUACAAAUGAGCUCUCACUGUGUUCCAGAGAUGUAGCCUUUAGGAAAAAGACUUUCUUACUAUGAAAAAGUCUGCAGUCAUUGCCCAUCUCUUCAUAUUUUGCUUCCAUUCAGUUAGACUUUCUUUUCUUCUUUCAAAGUUACAUUGGUCAAUAUUUCUUACAGGUUCCUGAAGGCUCUUCAGAGCUUUUCUCUCAAUUUUUACUGUUUCUGCCAUCAUUUAAGUUCAGGAUCUGGUCCUUUUCAGAGGAAUAUCUUCUGUUACGCUGCGUCACUCUGACCUAUGAAUUAUGUAAGACAUCUAAACUCAAUGAAUUAAUCCUAGUUCUAUGACAAAGAACAGAAAACUUAACAUGCAAUCAGUUGUAAAUUGGCCCUGACUCACUUAAAAUGUCAUUUUAGUAUUAGCAAAGGGAUUAACUCUUUGUUGACCUCAGAAAAGCACUCCGUCCUCUCAGAAAGCUUGCUUGUGUAAAUCUUGUAAAUUACACAUGGCUAAUAAAAGUCUGUUUUAUCAAACUGAUAGCUCACACUUAGUUAAUGCUGCACACCGGAAAGCCCUCACUUUUACCACUAACGACUGUUUGAAUGUCCAGACCCGCGUGGGUUACAGUGAAACAGCUGAAUUCAACGUCACUUUGUCAGCUGUAAGCAGACGUUACACAAUAACGCUUAGAAAUGAUAUACGUUCCCGGAUGUAGUAAUGUUGUGUCCGCCUUUUUACUUCUGAGUURGAAAUCCUUGCAUUGCAACUUUAUUAACUUCAAAGGAAAUGUAAAGUUUAUGCAAAAACAAAGGAAUGUGGCUGCCAGAACAUUUACAAGUGAGAAUGAAAACAAGGUUGAGAUUUGCAUCUUGUUUGCUCUUUGUGUUUUUUCUUCCUUUUUUUUUUUUGUUAUUGUCAGUGACACACAACUUCUUAUUUAUUUUUUUUACAUCUCUUAUUGGAAGUGUUGUUUAAAGCCCCCUUUUUUUUUACAUGUUCACAGUUGCGGCUGAAUAUGCUUAUCGG